GCUGCUCUAUAUAUACAGAACGACGCUCCAUUAGGCUUCUUCUAAUAACAAUCUCUCCCUCCUCGAUCAGUUUUCAGAGACAGCGAUCGAGAAGUAGAAUUAAUAGAAACAGAGAUAUAUCUUUCAUACAUCUGAGUUUCUAUUUAAUUUGUUUUUCUUUCUUUCAAGUAAUUCCAUCCGAUCUUAUUGACACGUCGAAGAUGAGGAAAAGUAUGCGCUCCAGGUUGAGAUCUAUGUUUUCGAAACCAGGCAGCAGAUCAAGGAAAGUCAAUGACCGAGGCGGUGGAGGUAGCUUUUCCAGCAAGCUGAGUGUGAACGAGGAGUACUUGGAAGUUUUCAGAACAAAAUCGUAUCUAGAAAUGUGGGAUAGAGUUCAUGGACAUGGAUCGGUACAGCGUCCAACAACAAAUACUACUAGACUAUCCUCUUCUCCAUUGGUUCCUUUCUAUAUGAAUCUCUCCGAAAAUCUUCUCGAUCCGCGGCAAGAAACCCUCAAUGACAUGAUUAGUGAGGAGGGAAUAAACGUGCACCACCUUCUCACUGACUACUUUGAAUCAAGCUUAGAGGCUUACCAUCUAUGCGAGUUACUCCUUCGAAGCAUCCAUCAAACGCACGCAGAGUACCGCAACAUCAAGAAGGUGAUGAAAAAGCUAAGCCAAAGGAACAAUUACACUGACGAGCAAUGCCGGGCUAUUUUCCGAGAGCUUACGACGUUUGGACAUCUGAAAAACUCGUUGUCGAUUAGCAGCCCCCUGCAAUUCCGUGACAUUCACGAUAGCUACUCGGCAUUGCUCAAUAAUUUGACAUCGAGACAGAAAAAGAUUAGACGCAGGGCAAAGCGGAACAGGAUUUUGAAGAAAGUUGGAGGAGUUGGUCUCGUAGUGUCUCACAGUGCACUAUUGCUCGCUUUGCUAGUCUUUGCAUUUCAUAGCAUGAUUGGACUAGUGGCAGCGCCAGCAAUCAUGUCUUGUUCUAUAGGUUUGUGCAAGAAGAAAAUGGAGUCAGGAGAGGAGUGUCUCAAGUCGAGUUUCGACCACGAAAUCCAUGGGGAGCAACUUGAUGUUGCGGCCAAAGGGAUUUACAUACUGAUCAACGAUUUCGAUACCAUGAGUCGGAUGGUCAGGCGAUUACAGGACGAGGUAGAACACCGCAAAGCUGUUGCAGAUUUGUGUGUUAGGAAUGGAGUCAAUUGCGAAAUAUUUAAUGAGGUUGUGCGAGAAUUUCAUGUCCAUGACUCCAACUUUAUGGAGCAGUUGGAGGAGCUUGAAGAACAUGUAUACUUGUGUAUGCUGACGAUCAACCGAUCCAGAAGGCUUGUGCUUCAAGAAAUAUUCGCAACACACUAAAUGAAUACGAACAAAUGUCUUUAUUUGUGACAUCACGCUUGUGGCGAAGUAGUAUGAUAUGUUACGGCAGAAACACGUGGUGAUCACAAGAUUCAAAUAUACAAGCUUCGGCCGUGGGCAAAACCCAAUAAUGUUGCUUCAUCAACGAGAUCCAAUAUUUGCUUCAUCAACCAAGCCAUCUCAAAUGAACAACCAAGUAUGAGAUGCAUUGUUAUGAAUAUCUCUGUUCCAAAUUGUAUAUAUGUGGGUGGCAACUGAUGUUAGGUUUAGUGGAAAAUUCUAUGUGAGUACUUCUCUGAAAGUUCA